ACGCCUCUUACAAAGGCUUAUGCACACAUGCGCACACACACACACACACAUGCACAUACACUUUUACCACACACCUGCUUGUUUGUAGACGCUGAACCUAAUUCACUGAACAUCGCUGCAACAGCACCGGCUUCAAAACUGGGACGAUGGACACCGCAGAGUUUCGGCGCUUGGGGAAGCUGAUGGUGGACUAUGUGGUGGACUACCUGGAAAACAUAGAAGAGCGACAGGUGUACCCGGAUGUGGAACCGGGUUAUCUUCAUCACUUAAUUCCCACUGAGGCCCCCCAGGAACCAGAGUCAUAUGAGGAGAUUAUGAAAGACGUGGAGAGGGUCAUAAUGCCUGGGAUGACGCACUGGCAAAGCCCAUACUUCUAUGCUUACUUUCCAGCAGCCUUGUCUUAUCCUUCCAUGCUUGCUGACAUGCUGUGUGGAGCCACCAGUUGUAUGGGAUUCUCAUGGAGCACAGCCUGUGAAGCCACCCUGAUGUCCCUGCUUGCUGCUCGCUGUAAGACGGUUGAUCGAGUACAAGAAUCCAACCCCAAUUUUACAGAGGCUGACAUCAUCCGCAAACUGGUGGCUUAUACCUCAGAACAGGCUCAUUCGUCAGUGGAACGUGCUGGUCUGAUUGGAUGCGUGAACAUGAGGAAAGUUCCAGUUGACAACACAUACGCUGUCCGAGGAGAAAUGCUGCAGAAAUUAGUGGAUGAGGACAAGGAGGCCGGACUUAUCCCUUUUUAUUUUGCAGACUCAUUCAACUUCAACCCACACAAAUGGCUUUUAAUCAACUUUGACUGCUCCGCAAUGUGGGUGAAGAAAAGAGCUGACAUUAUCGGAGCCUUCAAGGUGAAUCCAGUCUACCUGAGACGUGAAAAUCAAGAGUCAGGUCUGGUCACAGACUACAGGCACUGGCAGAUUCCACUGGGAAGAAGGUUCCGUUCACUGAAGAUGUGGUUUGUUUUUCGUAUGUAUGGAAUCAAAGGCCUGCAGGAUCACAUACGCAAGGGCUCCAAUGAACUGAACAAGGCACUGCUGGAUAAGAUCAACACCAGCAAAGAGAUUCAUCUGGUGCCUUGCAAGCUUUCUGGCCGCUUCGUUCUACGUUUUGCCAUCUGUGCGCACAGUACCGACUCCCAUCACAUCCAAAAAGCUUGGUGCCACAUCACACAGCUGGCUUUUGAGCUUCUGCAAGAUUCCCAGUUUAAUGACCAAAAUCCAGAGAGUUGCCUAUGAGUCUCUCUGCAGACACCGCUGGAC